CACCUCCCAAAUUCUUUUCCCGAUCCGAUCUGCAAGUUCUCCUUGGAUCCUGCAUCCUCCAGCCGAUUCCUGGGAAGAUCUGAAUCCUCCUCUCGACCAUGGAUCCACGCGCCAGGUAUCCUUCGGGCAUGGGCAACGGCCGCGGUGGGAACCUCAACUACUACGGCCGCGGCCCACCGCCGCAACAGCCGCAUCAGCACCACAACCACCAGCAGACGUCGGGGGCGCACCACCACCAGCAGACGUCGGGGGCGCACCACCACCAGCAGUACGCGCAGAGGCAGCACCAGCACCAGCACCACGGCCACAAUCGCCAUCAGCAACAGCAGCAGCACCACAUUUACCAGCAGCAACAGCAGCAGUGGCUGCGGCGGAGCCAGAUUGCCCGCGAGACCUCGGGCGCAGCCGUGACCAGCGAGCCGAAGUCCCUGGCGCCAUCCACGGCCGCCGAUGGCGUCGAUUCGAGUUCACAAGAUUGGAAGGCCCAAUUGAAGCUGCCGCCUCCAGAUACACGCUACAGGACAGAGGAUGUUACAGCUACCAAGGGAAAUGAGUUUGAAGACUAUUUUCUCAAGCGUGAACUCCUAAUGGGUAUAUACGAGAAGGGAUUUGAAAGACCGUCUCCUAUCCAAGAGGAAAGCAUUCCUAUUGCUUUAACUGGUAGUGACAUUCUUGCAAGAGCGAAGAACGGAACUGGCAAGACUGCUGCAUUUUGUAUUCCUGCACUGGAAAAGAUUGAUCAAGAAAAAAAUGCUAUUCAAGUUGUUAUAUUGGUUCCCACAAGGGAAUUGGCUCUGCAAACAUCACAAGUUUGCAAGGAGCUUGGUAAGCAUUUGAAGAUCCAGGUUAUGGUCACCACUGGUGGAACCAGUUUGAAGGAUGAUAUUGUUCGUCUGUACCAACCUGUGCACUUACUCGUUGGAACACCUGGGCGUAUUUUGGAUCUUACAAAGAAAGGUGUUUGCAUUUUGAACGACUGUUCAAUGCUUAUUAUGGAUGAGGCAGACAAGCUUCUCUCUCCUGAGUUUCAACCUUCCAUAGAACAGUUGAUUCGCUACCUCCCUGCUAGUCGACAGAUUUUGAUGUUUUCAGCGACAUUCCCUGUGACUGUUAAGGAGUUUAAGGACAAAUAUCUGCCUAAACCUUAUGUGAUUAACCUUAUGGACGAACUUACACUGAAGGGAAUUACACAGUUCUAUGCUUUUGUGGAAGAAAGACAGAAAGUUCACUGUCUCAACACUCUCUUUUCCAAGCUUCAAAUCAACCAGUCAAUAAUAUUUUGUAACUCUGUAAAUCGUGUUGAACUAUUGGCGAAAAAGAUCACAGAGCUUGGCUAUUCUUGCUUCUAUAUUCAUGCAAAGAUGCUACAGGACCACCGUAAUAGAGUUUUCCAUGAUUUCCGUAAUGGAGCAUGCAGGAACCUUGUUUGCACUGAUCUUUUUACAAGGGGAAUAGAUAUUCAAGCUGUGAAUGUUGUUAUCAAUUUUGAUUUCCCCAAGAACUCUGAAACAUAUCUCCACAGGGUUGGUAGAUCUGGGAGAUUUGGCCACCUUGGUCUGGCCGUUAAUUUGAUCACCUAUGAGGACCGGUUUAACUUGUAUAGGAUUGAACAAGAGCUUGGGACUGAAAUAAAAUCAAUUCCUCCUCAGAUAGACCAGGCUAUAUACUGCCAAUAAUCUGACCGUUUUCAUAUGCUUUCAUUUCUCCGCGAAUAAUGAGAACUUUUGUAAAUACCAGCUCAUCAGGUAAUUAUUUUUAGUUCUUUUUGGGGGUCUAUCUGUCUGUCUGCAUGGUCCAUUGACACCUGCUACUUGGUUCUUUAAGCAUAACUUAACAAUAUCCUAAAAAUACUGUUUCAACUGAUCCCUUUUGCACGCUCCAUAGAAUGAUUUAGUGGUUUUGUUGCCAGAACAUAAAAUUGCUGAAAUUCUUCAAUGUACUUUACAUUUGAAUUGUACUACAUAUUGUUAUCAUUUUUUUGUUUCAUAGAAGUACAUGUGCAAGUAUGAGUUAAGUGGGUUUUAACUGCCAGCUAGGAUGCUUCAACCUGCGAUUGACUGUAACAUGUUAUUAGUUUAUCUACCUUUUGUCCGCAAGACAUGGUACUUGGUAACCGUGUCCUGACCAUUUUAUCCAGAUCUCCAAGGAGUCGUUAACUUUCUUUAGCUGUUUUGCAGAUUUAAUACUUUGUCACUUGUAUAGUGACGGAGUUGAGCGUAGAUUGUUUAUUCAUGAACUUGAAUGGCUUAAGUCUAAAAUUCAAACUUGAAAUUCUUAACAUAGUUUCAUAGAGAUGCUCCAUUGCUGGAGCCUGGAGGCAACUGGAAAGUUUGGCACCCGUUAGGAUUUAACCUGCAAGAAUUCACUCGAUUCUGUAUAUUUAGUGUGUUAGUGUGUAUAAGUGCAUGAAAAGAGCCAGUAUGUGAAUAGAGUUGACCCUAUGUUAUAUGUGCAGGUUUUAUGGUGUUGAUCUCGUUUGUUGCAUCAGAGACAAUUCUAUGUUGGUGGAUAACAUUAGAUGAGGCACCCAACUUUUUUUAUUACACCUUGUCAUGCUGACACUGUUAUGGCUAUAUGAGGGCAAAUGUCCUGCCACAUUAGGCACAAAGUAGUGUAUAUUCUAGGUGCCUAUUCCUAGGCCCUGUCCUGCUUUUAGUUUCUUUUUCUCUUAUUUUCAUCCUAUUGUGUCAUUAGCUGUUUCACACAGGACAUUUUAACCCUGUUGCUGGUUCUGGGCGUGUGAUCUGUCGGUGCUCACACAAGCUUGUUGCCCGAGUCGAACUUGGGGAUGUGGGCCUCAGAUGGGUUAUUGGGUGACAGGUCGGCCAUUGAACUUGAAGUCUGGAGUCUGAACGGUAGUGAACUGGUUAAGUUUGCAAAUAAUCGGUGGUGAGCUGCAUCAUGUUGUGCUGUCUUACCCUUGCAGUCAUGUCACUUUUGCUUGGUGCCGUGGUCACCAUUUAGAUUUGCUUGGAUAAAACGCUCGUCACGUUUGUGCUGACUUUGUGUUCGGCACAAGCAACCUGUCCAGGUUAUGUGUAAAGAACUGU